AUGUCUGUGCAGCAACAGAUAGACAAUGCCAAGUCUGGAGAUGGCAAGGUUAAAGACCUGCAGAAGGAUACCUAUGAGUUGAAUGACAAGCAACAUAUGACCACCGAUUAUGGCGUCAAGAUCUCAGACCCGGACCACUGGCUUCGCGUGGUGAAUGAGAAGCAGACGGGGCCGAUGCUCCUGGAAGAUCAGAUUGGUCGUGAGAAGAUCAUGCGUUUUGACCAUGAACGUAUUCCCGAGCGUGUCGUCCACGCCCGUGGUACUGCCGCCUUUGGUACUUUUAAGCUCUUCGAGAGCGCCGAGGACGUGACCACCGCCGGUGUUUUGACCGACACUUCACGCGAGACACCCUUGUUCCUGCGAUUCUCUACAGUGCAGGGAAGCAAGGGCAGCGCCGACACCGUCCGAGAUGUGCGCGGUUUCGCAGUCAAGAUGUACACCCCUGAGGGUAACUGGGAUAUCGUGGGCAACAAUAUUCCCGUCUUCUUCAUUCAGGAUGCCAUCAAGUUCCCCGACGUGGUUCACUCGGUCAAGCCGGAGCCUCACAACGAAGUGCCUCAGGGUCAGAGUGCACACAACAACUUCUGGGACUUUGUGUACAUGCACAGUGAGACGACACAUAUGAACUACUGGCAAAUGUCUGACCGUGCAAUUCCCCGAUCCUACCGGAUGAUGCAAGGAUUUGGUGUCAACACCUACUCUCUCGUCAACAAGGAAGGGAAACGUCACCUAGUCAAGUUCCAUUUCACUCCGGAGCUUGGUGUUCACUCUCUGGUGUGGGACGAGGCCCUGAAGAUCUGUGGUCAGGACCCAGACUUCCACCGUAAGGAUUUGAUGGAGGCUAUUGAGAAGGGCCACUUCCCCCGCUGGAAGUUUGGUCUGCAGCUGAUCCCCGAGGAGAAGGCUGACGACUUUGAAUUUGACCCCUUGGAUGCCACCAAGGUCUGGCCCGAGGAACUCGUGCCCAUCCGUUACAUUGGACAGAUGGAGCUGAACCGCAACGUGGACGAGUUCUUCCCUCAGACCGAGCAGGUUGCUUUCUGUACCAGUCACAUUGUGCCCGGUAUUGAUUUCUCCAAUGACCCUCUGCUGCAAGGUCGGAACUUCUCCUACUUCGACACGCAGAUCUCUCGUCUCGGUCCGAACUGGCAAGAGCUGCCUAUCAACCGUCCCGUCUGUCCCUACAUGAACCUGGUGAACCGUGACGGCCAAGGAAAGCACCGCAUCACCAAGGGUACCGUGAACUACUGGCCCAACCGCUUCGGCACCAACCCGCCCGCUGAGCCUGCUCAGGGUGGCUUCACCAGCUACCCGGAGAAGAUCCAGGGCACCAAGGCCCGUCUGCUGUCCGAAAAGUUCAAGGAGCACUACAACCAGGCUCAGACUUUCUACAACUCCCUCUCUCAAAUCGAGAAAGCCCACGUGGCCAAGGCAUUCUCCUUCGAGCUGGAUCACUGCGACGACCCUAUUGUGUACAAGCGCAUGACCGAGCGUAUCGCCUCUAUCAGCACCGAGCUCGCUGAGACCGUCGCAAAUAACGUUGGCGGAGAUCUACCUUCAAAGUCUCCACGCUCCAACCACGGCAAGACCGCCAAGGGUCUCAGUCAACUCGAGUACAUGCCCGAGAAGGCCGUCAUCGACACCCGUCGCGUCGCCAUCCUGAUCGCCGACGGCUUCGACUACGACGCCUACACCACCAUGAAAGACGCUCUGACUGAGCGCGGCGCCUUCGUCUUCACCAUCGGUGCUCAACGCAAGGGCGUCACCUCCGAGUCAGGACAGACCGUUACCCCGGACCACUUCUUCGUGGGGAUGCGAUCGACCCUCUUCGACGCAACAUUUGUGCCCGGUGGCAAGCAUGUCGCCGAUGGUCUGGCCAAGAGCGGUGUCGCCAAGCACUGGAUCGCCGAAGCCUUCUCCCAUCUCAAGGCUAUCGCCGGUGUCAACGAGGCUGUACCUUUUAUCAAGAAGCAGAUUGGCCUGGAUGAGGUCAAGGUUGCCUCCCCUGGAGCUUCCGUUGCCGAUUCCUACGGUGUCGUGACCGGAUACGGGGACGCAUCUUCUACGUUGAAGGUGAGCGGCGAAAUUGGUCCCGAGUCCAAGGGCUUGGGUGAAAAGUUUAUCUGGCACAUUUCGCGUCACCGUAACUGGCAGCGUGAGUUGGAUGGAUUGUCUGACCAGGUUGGUGCGUGA